AUGCGAAAGUUGGAAUGGGAGGACAUGGGAGUGAAGGUUGAUGGUCGGCAGCUAGACCAUUUUCGCUUUGCUGAUGACAUCGUACUGAUAACACCUAGCAUCAGCCAAGCGGAACGAAUGCUGACCGACGAAACAUGUGGAUGCAUCUGUCUUCUGCUGGAUCUGCAAAAGACGAUGUUCAUGCGCAACGGAUGGGUCUCGAAUGCCCCAUUCAGGCUCAACGGAAUGAACAUAUUCGAAUGCGCUAGCUACGUUUUUCUGGGUCGGGAAUUGAACAUGAUGAAAGACCUGACUCCCGAGCUCGGCAGGAGGAGACGAUCGACCUGGGGAGCAUCGAGGAUAUAA